AUGGACGCCCUGCUGCUGUCCGCCACCGCCAUGUCGGGGCGUCAGCAGCGUCAGCGAUUUAAGAAGCAGCUGCACCAAGCGCUCCGCUGGUACGAAGCAGCCAAGCAGCUGGGCUGGGGCAUGCUCUGCCUGAUGCCGCACAACAUUAUCUCCAACUUGUGGGUAGAGAACAAUCUCCGCGUCCCCUUCUGGCACAUCUGGCUCAAGUUGGUUGUAGAGGUGAAUCUGGAGGCCUACAAAGCAAGCAUGGCCUUAGACGCCUGGCUAGGCUCAGAAGGCAUCUCUGGCGGAUCUAUCAGCGAGAAGGCAACGCUGUCGAUCGAGGCAGACACGCCGACACCGGCGACGCAAGUGGAGGAGAUUAAAGACAGCGAGAUGGAAGAUGGCGAAGACACCAAGAACGGCGACAACGACGGCGCUGAGGAUGCGCCGUCUCAAGGACCCGCUAAGAGCCCUGCGCCCGCCCGUCCGAUGCGCCAGCUUACCUUAAUUGAGCUGUGUAAGCCUUUUCAAGGCAAAUAG